AUGGAUGGAGUAGCUGAAGGACUAAGGGAAUUAGCGACUUUGCAUGACAAAAAUGGCGAAAUUGUGAAAUCAGCCAAGUGUUUUGAAGCCAUUUGUCAAAACACUGUAUCGUUUCUUCCCAUUACCGAAUUCAAAACUCAUCUGAGAAUCGCUAUUAUGCUCCUCAAGCACUCCCACAACGUUAAUUAUGCCAAAUCUCACCUUGAACGAUCCGAUUUCAUAGAAGCAACCAAAGAGCCUGGAAUCACUUUUGUUGCAGCAAAGUUUGAUGGUAUUCUUGGCUUUGGGUUUCAAGAAAUCUCUGUUGGGGGUGCUCUUCCUAUUUGGUACAACAUGGUUGACCAAGAUCAUGUUUAUGAACCUGUGUAUUCAUUUUGGCUUAAUCGAAAUACUAAAGAUAAUAAAGGAAGUGACCUUGUAUUUGGUGAUGUUGACACUAAUCAUUUCAGAGUUGCACACACUUAUGUCCCUGUCACUCAAAAAGGAUACUGGUCGUUUGAAAUGAAUGAUGUAUUUAUUAGUAAUGAAACAAUUGGAUUUUGCACCAAUGGUUGUGCAACAAUUGCUGAUUCUAAAACCUCUUUGUUGGUUGGUCCAACAGUUGUUGUUACUAAACUCAAUCAAACUAUUGGUGCUCAUGGAUUAAUGAGCCAAGAAUGCAAGACUUUGGUCGAACAAUAUGGAAAGUCUAUAAUUGAUAUGCUCUUAUCUGAUGUACCUUUUUUUUAA